AUGUUAAUUUUGACUGUUAACGCUGAUAAAACGCAACCACGAGCUACACUGAAGUGGUGGCUGCGCUCGGGCAGCGGCGCGGCGGUGUACGUGGCGGGCGUGCGCGACUGCGGCGCGCUGCGCGGGCUGCGGGCGGACGCGCUGCGGGCGUCGCUGCGCGCGCUGCGGGACAUGGCGCGCGCGCUCGGCGCCGCGCUCCAACCCCAAACGAAGAAAUAUGACACCCUAAAAUCGAGAUUAUUAGCAGUGUACGAAGAAUCAGAAAAUCGUCAACUCCAAAAACUUUUGAGUGAAAUCGACCUUGGCGAUGAGAAACCAUCUCAACUUUUGAGACGCAUGCGAGAUUUAGCAAGGAGGAAAAUUCCCGACGAAACGCUGAGUAUCAUGUGGCAAUGUCAUUUGCCAGCCGCAGUACGCUCCGUCCUUGCCGUCACUGAUGUAAAAGAUUUGGAAAAUUUGGCUACUAUUGCAGACAAAAUUAUGGAAAAUACAAGGCCUAUUCAAAUAGCGGAGAGUUACAUAGAUCUUAUGACAGCUUACAAUAUCUAUGUCGUGAUGCUAUGUCGUGGAGAAAAUGGUUAUGCCAUUAAUAUUUCUCAAGUUGACCCAAUCGGUGGUACACCUCUGCGUAAAACAGUGUCAUGUAUGAACUACUAUUGCUACCGUAUAAUGACAAGACGUAACAAUUUCAAUACUUUGCUUAGAUAUGGAAUGUUAACAAACCAAUACUUGGUAGAUCAAUAUGCGAAAAUUGAAUCUCAGAGAUUGGCCUACAUCCGUAAUAAUCAAACUAAAUUGAGAGCUGAAAAUUACGUUCAUCUUCAGGAUGCUUUACAGGCGAAUGAACACCGCAACGGCAUUGGGCAGUUGGUUAUACUACCUUCAUCAUUCACAGGUGGACCUCGAUAUUUACACGAAAAAUCGCAAGACGCCAUGACUUACGUAAGAAAUUACGGCAAACCUGAUUUAUUUAUAACUGCAACAUGUAACCCAAAUUGGCCGGAAAUCAAAGAAAAUAUUAACACCAAUUUAACUCCACAAGACAGAUACGAUAUAGUUAACAGAGUCUUCCAUUUAAAAGUACAGAAACUCCUGCACCUCAUUAACAAGUCUCAUAUAUUCGGUCCGCCGCGCUGUCAUAUGUACACAAUAGAAUGGCAGAAACGUGGCUUGCCACAUGUACACCUGUUGGUGUGGUUAGUGAACAAAAUUAGACCAAACCAAAUUGACAGGGUUAUUUCAGCUGAAUUACCGGAUAAAGAUGAAGAUCCUAUCCUGUACGAAAUCGUAAAGAAACAUAUGAUCAAUGAGGUACUCGAAAACAUGUCUAGCAUAACAUCGUCUAUUACUUUCAUGGAAAAAGAAUUUGAAGAAGUAAAGCAGGAAAUGAACAGUAAAACACAAAUUAUUAAGUCUCUUGAGAAUGAAAAUAAGUUGUUACGUUCUGACAUUUCAAAUCUUCAUUCUAGACUCGCAUUACUUGAACAACAAUCUAGGGCAUAUAAUCUAGAAAUACAAUGCAUCCCAGAAUUCAGUGAUCAAGCCACUUUCAGCAUACAAUCACCAAAUGAAGUGGAAAAAUAUCAGUCUGGACGUUACAUCUGCAGCUCUGAAGCUGUAUUAUCAUUCGAAGUGCACGACCGGGCUCCCACAAUUGUCCACCUUGCAGUUCAUUUAGAAAAUGGACAAAGAGUAUAUUUCACAGAGAACAAUAUACAAGAAGUUGUUAAUAACCCGCGGGAUAUAACAUUGACAGCAUUCUUCAAGUUAUGUGCUCAAGAUGAUUUCGCGAAAACACUGACAUAUGACAGAGUUCCAGGUUACUAUACAUGGAACCAGAGUUCUAAAACUUUUCAACGGCGAAAACAAGGUACUGCGGUUGAUGGUUUCCCCGGAAAGUAA